AUGCCUUCCACUCUCAUUGCCUGGAGAGUUGGCUUCUGCAGCGACGGCCUCGUCAUCGAGAACGCCGGCGCACAUCAGAUCACCGCACUGGGCGUAGUCGUCCCUCGGAAUGGCAAAGCGAGGCUCGCGUACACGACACGCAACAUCAGGAGGGUUUCUGGCGGCCGAGAUGUCCGUUGUGCCGUCGAGACUUAUCGAAGAGCGAAGCGCUCGGCUCACCGAAUGUCGCAGAUCAGCGUCACAACUGGUGAUGCCGACGAGGAAGUUGCAGUGAUGUACAAAGAGAGAAGGAAGAUGAAGGGCAAAUGA